AUGGAAUACUCGCAAGAGCAACUAAACUACUUCAGACUCUGCUACAUAGCAUUUGAUUUAGUUCCAGUGGGACUGCGGCACAUUUUCAAAAACGAAUGGGAUUUCCUUUAUAAAACAACGUUAACUGGAGAAUGGAAAGACACGGCACAAAAUGGACAUGAUUUUUACAACAAAGAAUCUAAAGCAAGUCACAAGAAAAACGCCCGAUCUCUGGCAAUAAUCCACAAUGGUGACACGGCAGAGUGGGACUGUACCUGUUUGUUUUUUGCCAUUCUGUACUCGGACAGCAUUGGUAACACCUUAAGUCCAGCUGUCCGUAAAGAGGUCGAUGAUAUUCGUCAGGUGCGAAACGAGAUCGCUCAUAUCACCGAAGCUAAGUUGACAGAUGCCGACUUCCAAACUUCUGUAGACAGAGUGUUGAACGCUUUUACAUCCCUUGGUCUGGCUAUAACUGAGAUUCAAGAAAUAAAGAACCAGAAGACCUUUCCGACGAAGGAAGUGGAAAAAAUAAGGAAGCAAGUUCGUGAUCUCCAAACCGAGUUAGAUCAGACAAAAAGCGCUCUUCAAAGUACCGAAGCUGCCCUAGUUUCCCUCACACAGGAAAUGAGUGUGGAACUUCAGCCAUUUUGCAUUCUCGCAUCGUGCCCACCACACGAUACUAUCAGGCGCUCGCAUGAUAUUGAAAGAAUCACUAACGAAAUGCAGGAACUUAACAAAAGUUCAAGCGGAGCAGUCAGUACAGUGUAUUUGUCAGGAAAUCCAGGAUGUGGCAAGAGCCAACUUGCCCGGGAAAUCGAACAACAGUUCUUUUCUGAACAAAACAAUGAUCUGAUCUUUGUGGCGACACUGAACACAGAAAGCAUUGACAAACUUUGUGACUCUUACCUCGCCCUUGGGAGACACUUAGGGAUAACAGAAUACGCGUUAAAAGGCUUAGAAUCUAUAAAAGAGGAGAAACCUAUUGAAGCAAUCAAACAGCUCCAUCGCUUGAUUUUGCCGAAGACCAGCAAGUUUACCAAAUGGUUGAUAAUAGCAGACAAUGUGAUUGAUUUACGCUUAGUCCGCGACUUGCUUCCUCAAACUGGUAGUAAAGAAUGGGGCCAUGGACAAGUGCUGAUUACCACUCAAGAUAGUGGUACAAUUCCUCAAAACGCUCCUCACACGUAUCAUGAAUCGUUAAGCAAAGGAAUGAGGCGGGACGAGGCAGUGGAAUUGCUGGAAACAGUAUCGGGAAUUUCCGAGCGAGUACAAGCAGAAAAUGUCGCUGAACUUCUCGAUUUUCAGCCACUGGCCUUAGCUGCUGCGGCUUAUUUCGUGCAAACUGUUGUGACCAGUGGAUCUUCAAAUUAUAAUUGGAAUGCAUACCUUCAAGACAUAUCAACAUACAGGCAGCGAAAAUCGGCCGAAACUGUCCUUGCUAAUGAGAGUUCAGCCUACGCUAAAACAACAAUGGCCGCAGUAGAAAUGGCUAUCCAAAGAGCUGUUGAAACAGACGAGGUUCUUCUUCAUACAUAUUCUUUUCUUUCGCUCUGCGCUAACGACGACCUACCACUCGAAACUGUUUUAAAGUUCGUCAAAGCCCAAGUAAAGGACCAUCCAGAGGUUUUAAUGAAGGCAAACAUUGUAAGGUCCUCUUUAAGUCUUGUUCAUUCCGAAGAAGGGGGUGAACGAACUUAUUUACGUUUACAUAAAGUAGUGCAUGACGCUUUGAAACUAGGCGAGAUAGCUAACCUGAAAUCAUGCCGGGAGAGUGACCACACCAUGGCAGAAGCGGUAAAGAUUUUCAACUCCCAACUCGAAGAAAAUUUCGAGAAUUAUGCGUUUCGUACAAAAUUGAGGCCCCACUGUGAAUCUUUAAUUAAGCAGAUGACGUCAGAGUUUAGUUCAGAUGAAAGCACUUUUUCAGAAAGGUUUGCGCCCUUCAUAGAUUUGGAUACAGUUAUUGAUUGGCUACAUAAUCUCGCCGGGGUCUGUCAAGAAAGCUCCUAUUUCUUCUUUGCGAAAAGUGUGGUCAACUUGGCAUACGACCUACUGCGGAACUUAGAUGACACUUCAACGGGUGCGUUUGCUCGUAAAGGCAGGGUUUUGAAUGUAACUGGCGAAGUGUAUCACAGGCUGGGAGAAUACAAUCAAGCCAAAGAACUUCAUGAAAAAGCACUGAUAAUUCGCAAAAAGAUUUUUGGUGAAGAUCAUGUAGAUGUAGCAACAAGUUAUGACAACUUGGCAUUAGUGUACAAACGCCAGGGAGAAUACAAUCAAGCCAAAGAACUUCACGAAAAAGCACUGAUAAUUCGCAAAAAGAUUUUUGGUGAAGAUCAUGCCGAUGUAGCAACAAGUUACAACAACUUGGCAUUAGUGUGCGACACCCUGGGAGAAUACAAUCAAGCCAAAGAACUUCACGAAAAAGCACUGAUUAUUAAAAAAAAGAUUUUUGGUGAAGAUCAUGCCGAUGUAGCAACAAGUUACAACAACUUGGCAUUAGUGUGCAAAGCCCUGGGAGAAUACAAUCAAGCCAAAGAACUUCACGAAAAAGCACUGAUAAUUCGCAAAAAGACUUUUGGUGAAGAUCAUGCCGCUGUAGCAACAAGUUAUGACAACUUGGCAGUAGUGUACGAACGCCUGGGAGAAUACAAUCAAGCCAAAGAACUUCACGAAAAAGCACUGAUAAUUAGCAAAAAGAUUUUUGGUGAAGAUCAUGCCGAUGUAGCAAAAAGUUACAACAACUUGGCAGUAGUGUACGAACGCCUUGGAGAAUACAAUCAAGCCAAAGAACUUCACGAAAAAGCACUGAUAAUUCUCAAAAAGAUUUUUGGUGAAGAUCAUGCCGAUGUAGCAACAAUUUAUAACAACUUGGCAUUAGUGUACGAACACCUGGGAGAAUACAAUCAAGCCAAAGAACUUCACGAAAAAGCACUGAUAAUUCUCAAAAAGAUUUUUGGUGAAGAUCAUGCCGAUGUAGCAACAAGUUACAACAACUUGGCAUUAGUGUGCGACACCCUGGGAGAAUACAAUCAAGCCAAAGAACUUCACGAAAAAGCACUGAUAAUUAGAAAAAAGAUUUUUGGUGAAGAUCAUGCCGAUGUAGCAACAAGUUAUGACAACUUGGCAACAGUGUACCAACGCCUGGGAGAAUACAAUCAAGCCAAAGAACUUCACGAAAAAGCACUGAUUAUUAAAAAAAAGAUUUUUGGUGAAGAUCAUGCUGCUGUAGCAACAAGUUAUAACAACUUGGCAGUAGUGUGCAACAUCCUGGGAGAAUACAACCAAGCCAAAGAACUUCACGAAAAAGCACUGAUAAUUCGCAAAAAGAUUUUUGGUGAAGAUCAUGCCGCUGUAGCAACAAGUUACAACAACUUGGCAUUAGUGUGCGACACCCUGGGAGAAUACAAUCAAGCCAAAGAACUUCACGAAAAAGCACUGAUAAUUAGCAAAAAGAUUUUUGGUGAAGAUCAUGCCGAUGUAGCAACAAGUUAUGACAACUUGGCAACAGUGUACCAACGCCUGGGAGAAUACAAUCAAGCCAAAGAACUUCACGAAAAAGCACUGAUUAUUAAAAAAAAGAUUUUUGGUGAAGAUCAUGCCGCUGUAGCAACAAGUUAUAACAACUUGGCAGUAGUGUACGAACGCCUUGGAGAAUACAACCAAGCCAAAGAACUUCACGAAAAAGCACUGAUUAUUAAAAAAAAGAUUUUUGGUGAAGAUCAUGUCGCUGUAGCAACAAGUUAUAACAACUUGGCAUUAGUGUGCAACAUCCUGGGAGAAUACAAUCAAGCCAAAGAACUUCACGAAAAAGCACUGAUAAUUCGCAAAAAGAUUUUUGGUGAAGAUCAUGCCAAUGUAGCAACAAGUUAUAACAACUUGGCAUUAGUGUACCAACGCCUGGGAGAAUACAAUCAAGCCAAAGAACUUCACGAAAAAGCACUGAUUAUUAAAAAAAAGAUUUUUGGUGAAGAUCAUGCCACUGUAGCAACAAGUUAUAACAACUUGGCAUUAGUGUACCAACGCCUGGGAGAAUACAAUCAAGCCAAAGAACUUCACGAAAAAGCACUGAUUAUUAAAAAAAAGAUUUUUGGUGAAGAUCAUGUCGCUGUAGCAACAAGAUAUAACAACUUGGCAUUAGUGUGCAACAUCCUGGGAGAAUACAAUCAAGCCAAAGAACUUCACGAAAAAGCACUGAUAAUUCGCAAAAAGAUUUUUGGUGAAGAUCAUGCCACUGUAGCAACAAGUUAUAACAACUUGGCAGUAGUGUACGAACGCCUUGGAGAAUACAACCAAGCCAAAGAACUUCACGAAAAAGCACUGAUAAUUCGCAAAAAGAUUUUUGGUGAAGAUCAUGCCGCUGUAGCAACAAGUUAUGACAACUUGGCAAUAGUGUACCAACGCCUGGGAGAAUACAAUCAAGCCAAAGAACUUCACGAAAAAGCACUGAUAAUUCGCAAAAAGAUUUUUGGUGAAGAUCAUGCCGCUGUAGCAACAAGUUAUGACAACUUGGCAACAGUGUACCAACGCCUGGGAGAAUACAAUCAAGCCAAAGAACUUCACGAAAAAGCACUGAUAAUUAGCAAAAAGAUUUUUGGUGAAGAUCAUGCCGAUGUAGCAACAAGUUAUGACAACUUGGCAACAGUGUACCAACGCCUGGGAGAAUACAAUCAAGCCAAAGAACUUCACGAAAAAGCACUGAUUAUUAAAAAAAAGAUUUUUGGUGAAGAUCAUGCCGCUGUAGCAACAAGUUAUAACAACUUGGCAUUAGAGUACGAACGCCUGGGAGAAUACAAUCAAGCCAAAGAACUUCACGAAAAGGCACUGAUAAUUCGCAAAACGAUUUUUGGUGAAGAUCAUGCCUAUGUAGCAAGUAGUUAUAACAACUUGGCAUUAGUGUACGAACGCCUUGGAGAAUACAAUCAAGCCAAAGAACUUCACGCAAAAGCACUGACGAUUAGGAAACAAAUUUUCGGUGAAGAUCGUAAGUAUGUAGAAAGAAUUCGUAGUGAGUUGGCAUUAGUCAACAAACACCUUGUAAGCAGUCGAGCUGAAGAUCGGCACGAGAAAGCACGUUGUUUGAUCCUAUAA